AUGCCAAAGGAAAAAUAUGAUCCUCCAGAUCCUCGCAGAAUUUACACCAUCAUGUCAGCAGAAGAGGUAGCCAAUGGGAAGAAGUCACACUGGGCUGAACUAGAGAUCUCGGGUAGAGUGCGGAGCUUAAGUACGUCCCUUUGGUCGCUGACGCACUUGACUGCUCUGCACCUCAAUGACAAUAAUCUUACUCGCAUUCCACCUGAUAUUGCCAAGCUUCAUAAUCUGGUUUACCUGGAUCUGUCAUCCAACAAACUCAGAAGUUUACCAGCAGAACUAGGAAACAUGGUAUCUCUCAGGGAAUUGCUUUUAAAUAACAAUCUGUUACGGGUUUUGCCUUAUGAACUUGGACGGCUCUUCCAGCUACAAACCCUAGGUUUGAAAGGCAAUCCUUUGUCACAAGAUAUUCUCAGCCUCUACCAGGAUCCAGAUGGAACUCGAAAGCUACUGAACUACAUGCUUGACAAUCUAGCAGGUGACAGCCCUACAAAUCUGACUGACAGAAUUCAUCCAGAGCAGCUGCCUCCAAGGCCGUGGAUUACUUUAAAAGAACGAGACCAAAUUCUGCCCUCAGCUUCAUUCACAGUUAUGUGUUACAAUGUGUUGUGUGAUAAAUAUGCCACCCGGCAGCUCUAUGGCUACUGCCCAUCUUGGGCACUCAAUUGGGAGUAUAGAAAAAAGGGAAUAAUGGAAGAAAUUGUCAACUGCGACGCAGAUAUCAUUAGUCUUCAGGAAGUGGAAACAGAGCAAUACUUCACCCUUUUUCUGCCAGCUUUGAAAGAACGAGGAUACGAUGGAUUCUUUUCUCCAAAGUCACGUGCCAAAAUCAUGUCUGAGCAGGAGAAAAAACAUGUGGAUGGCUGUGCAAUAUUCUUCAAAACCGAAAAAUUUACGCUGGUGCAGAAGCACACCGUGGAGUUCAACCAGGUGGCGAUGGCUAACUCUGAAGGUUCAGAAGCUAUGUUAAACAGAGUGAUGACGAAGGACAACAUCGGAGUCGCCGUGGUGUUAGAGGUGCACAAAGAAUUAUUUGGAGCAAGUGAGUAUGGCCGUGGUAUGAAAUCGCUUCAUGUGGACAAACAGCUGCUUAUUGUGGCCAAUGCCCACAUGCACUGGGACCCUGAAUACUCUGAUGUGAAACUCAUUCAGACCAUGAUGUUUGUCUCGGAACUGAAAAAUAUCCUCGAGAAAGCCUCGAGCAGGCCUGGCAGCCCAACAGCAGAUCCUAACUCUAUCCCUCUGGUGCUGUGUGCGGAUCUCAACUCACUGCCUGAUUCAGGUGUAGUGGAAUACUUAAGCAAUGGCAUAGUAGCUGACAACCACAAGGACUUCAAGGAGUUGCGUUAUAACGAGUGUCUCAUGAACUUCAGUGGCAAUGGAAAAAACGGGGCUUCUGAAGGAAGAAUUACGCAUGGCUUCCAACUCAAGAGCGCCUAUGAAAACAACUUGAUGCCUUACACCAAUUACACUUUUGAUUUCAAAGGUGUGAUUGACUACAUUUUCUAUUCCAACACUCACAUGAACGUGCUUGGUGUCCUGGGGCCUUUGGACCCUCAGUGGCUGGUUGACAACAACAUCACUGGGUGUCCACACCCUCACAUCCCUUCAGACCACUUCUCACUGUUAACACAACUCGAACUCCAUCCUCCGCUCCUGCCUCUUGUCAACGGUGUGCACUUGCCUAACAGGAGGUAG